AUGGCACGAGCCUACAACUCCGAGACAACGGCAAGCGAGGUGGUGCAGGAUGUAGCCGACCAAAUCAAGGGCAAGGUGGUGCUGACAACCGGCGUCUCUCCCGGCGGCCUAGGGGCGGCCUUCGUGGAGAGCGUCGCAGCCGCUCAACCGGCUUUGCUGAUUCUGGCCGGCCGAUCACUCGCCAAAGUGCGGCAGACAGCCGACGCCAUUACCACUCGGCAUCCUGAUGUCAAGGUUCGCCUCUUGGAGCUCGACCUGGGCUCGCUUGCGGCAGUGCGCCAGGCUGCCAAGGCAGUGCAGGGUUGGGAUGACGUUCCCAGGAUCGACGUCUUGGUCAAUAACGCCGGCGUCAUGGGCAUUGACUACGAACGAUCCGAUGCCGGUGUCGAGAUGACGCUGGCUGUCAACUACUUGGGCCCGUUUCUCUUUACGAACCUAGUCAUGGACAAGCUGCUGGCAGCUGACAAGCCACGAGUGGUGAUGCUUGGCAGCGAGGGCCAUCGGUGGAACCCGAUUCGCUGGGGCGACAUCAACUUCCACGACGGCGCGUCGUACAACAAGUGGCAGGCUUAUGGACAAUCUAAGACGGCCAACAUGCUGAUGGCGUUGGCGCUGGCGGAAAAGUUGGGCUCCGGCCCGAAGAAACUAUCGGCGUUUUGCGUGCACCCCGGCUUUGCACCUACCCAUCUUGACGCCCAUAUCAGUGGAGGCUUUGCGAGCGAGGUGCCGGUUAUUCAUGAGUUGGACGUCUUCCUCGGCAACGUUGAGGGACCGGUUCCAUUCCGAUCGCCGCAACAUUGCGCCGCGAACCACGUCUUUGCUGCCUUUGGCCCGGAUUUGGACGUGGCUUUCUCAGCACACAACGGAGCGUAUCUGACAGAUUGCCGGGUUGCCAACCCGGUUACCGACACCGUCAAGCCGUGGGGGACCAGCACCGCCGAAGCGAGGAGGCUGUGGGACCUGAGUGAAGAGCUGGUUGGCCAGAAAUUUGUUUACUAG